GUUUUUUUUAUUCUUCAGUAAAAAUUAAUAUCUUCUUAUGUUCUGUAAAGAACUAUGUAAAUUAAUUUAAUAUAUUUUUACUUAAGUUAUAACAAACAUCAUUUUGGUGUUAUAAUACUUAAAUAAUAUUAUGAAUUAAAUAAAAGACUAUAAAAUACAAAUGUAUUGAUGAUGAAAUUUAAUGUAUGAUGAUAAAUCAUCGUCGUAGAUAUUGCAAGAGUAGUUACAAUACUCAUCACUAUACGUUUAAUGAACAUUAAUAAUUAAUGAUAAUUUUAAGUCAUACAAUGAUGUACAUCACUACAGUUAUUUUUAUUUUACUAUUAAGUAUAUACUUGUACUAUAAAAAUAUUUAUAACUAUUGGAAAAAAAUGGGAGUGUAUCAUAUUGAACCUGUAUUCUUUUUUGGCAAUGCUAAAGAGAGGGUUAUGUUCAAGAAAUCAUUUCAUGAAUUUCAUAGAGACAUUUAUUUUAAGUUCAAAGGACAUAGAUAUGCUGGGUUUUAUCUUGGAAGAAGAGCUUCAUUAGUAAUCUUAGAUCCUGAAAUUAUAAAAUGUGUUAUGAUUAAAGACUUCAAUCAUUUUACUGACCGCCAAACAAUGAGAUUUCGUACAUCAGAGUACAUAACUCAAAUGUUAAUAAAUCUUAAAGGAGCAAAAUGGAAACGAAUGAGACAUUUGUUAACACCAGCUUUUACUUCAGGCAAACUCAAAACUAUGGAACAUUUAGUUGAUGAUUGUUGUAAUAAUAUGAUAGAGUUCCUUAAUACUAAUACUAAUAAUGUAGAUGAAGCCAAAGAAUAUGAAUUAGAAAUGAAAGAUUUUUUUGGUAAAUUUACUUUAGAUGUCAUUGCUACUUGUGCAUUUGGUGUUGAAUCUAAUUCUUUGAGAGAAGCCUCUGGGGGCUUUGCUAGUCGAGUAUCAAAAUUUGCAAGUUUAAGCAUUUUUAAACGUUUAUUACUUUAUAUUAUUCUUUUAUUUGUACCUGGAAUUGCAAGAUUUGUACCACUAUCAUUCUUUAACAUGGAAGUUAUUUAUUUUUUGGCCAAUGUAAUUAAAGAUGCAAAAACUCAUAGGCAUGUUACUGGACAAAAGAGAAAUGAUUUCUUACAGUUAUUAUUGGACGGUGAAAAUGAUACAAAUAAAAAUGAAGAAAAUAAGUUUAAAGAAGAUAAAUUAACUGAAACACAAGUGAUUGCACAAUCUGUGUUGUUCCUUAUAGCAGGAUUUGAAACAUCUAGUACUCUUAUGGCAUUUACUUGUUAUGAAAUGGCACUUAAUCCAGAUAUUCAGACUGAACUUAGAAUUGAAAUAAAUAAAGUACUAAAAAAAUUUAAUGGAGAAUGUACUCAUGAAGCUAUUCAAGAAAUGCAGUUACUAGACAUGAUAUUAUAUGAAACACUUAGGAAACAUCCUCCUGUAGCUCAACUUGAACGUGUAUGCACUCAAGAUUAUAAAAUACCAGAUUCUGAUUUGCUUAUUAAAAAAGGCACUACUGUACAAAUCCCUGUAGUUGGACUCCAUUAUGAUCCUGACUAUUAUCCUAAUCCUCACAAAUUUAAUCCUUAUCGGUUUAUUCAAGAAGAAAAGAUGCAGCGUUCUCAAUAUGUUUUCUUACCAUUUGGGACAGGCCCCAGGAAUUGUAUUGGUUUACGAUUUGCUUUGAUGAGUACAAAACGUGGAAUGGUAAAUUUAAUUAAAAAUUUUACUAUUGAUGUGAGUAAUAAGACAACCAUUCCAUACGAAUACAGUAAAUAUUCAAUGUUGCUUAAAGCUAAAGAUGGAAUUUGGCUGUCAAUCAAAAGAUUAUAAUUCUAA